AUGGAGCGCUCCGUGCGUUGCUACGCGGUGCUCCUCGCGCGGAGUGCACGGCGGCGCACGCACGAAACGCCGUGCCCGGCGACCGACGACUGGAGCUGGUGGUCGGCGUGGAGCAACGCGGAGCGCGCGCAUUUCUUUCACGCACUCGCACGCCAUUCGCGAUGGCGCCCGGAUGCGAUCGCGGCGGAUAUCGGCAGGCCGGUCGAGGAGGUCGCGCGUGCGAUCCGCCGCUUUGAUCGGCAAGUGCGGCGUGUCGAGGGGCUUGAGAAGCGAGUCGGGCGGCGGCGGACGUACAAGGCCCGCCUGACGCAGGCGCCUGCAGCGCGCGAGAUGUCCACUUUAUGGCUCGCACAGGAAGAGCAGUGCGCUGCGGCGCUCGUGCGGGGCGCGGACCGCAUUGCCAGUGCACAGGCUGGGCCAGCACAUGCAUCGGCAGCCGCCGACUUUUUGCGAUGCGAAAAGGCCGAAGGGAUAUGGACGGCUCUUUCACGGAUGCUCGUCCUGCCGAGCCGCCCGUCGUGGCCUCCGACGCUUGAGCCUACCGAAGCAUACCGCGCAUACGCACAUGUGCAGCGCGUGCCUAUCCUCAAAACGCCCGAGCAUGUGGCUGGGCUCGUGAAUGAUCUUUUAGAGGCACGCCUCCUUACCUUUUCGCAGCCGACCUCGUCCAUAACCCCUGAGGUCCUGCUCAAGAAUGGAAAGGUGCAGUGGCUCGAGGCGGAUCCGAGUGUGCCUGCAUGGCUUGACGUGCCUGCGCUUGCAUUGCGCAUGGCAAGAACACGACGUACGUCGUACCUUGGCAUGGACAUGGCGCGCGCACUCGCACGGCACAUCGAGGCUUUUCUGUACCAUACCCUCUAUGAGCUGACUAUUGUUGGCGAGCGCACGCUGCGGCCAGGUGCGAUUGAUGAACAGCAUGUGUGGGCGUGUGUCGCCCGGCUUGGAUACCCCGUGUAUGCGACGCAUCACGACGAUGAACGCCCGACACUCGAUGCGGGCCUCUUGCACUCGAUGGCCGUUGCGCGCGCGUGUGCAGACCCCCCUGUGGCAUGGAGGGAAGAUGCGCAGAAAAUGGGCAGGAAUAUUGUCCAUCCCGAGGUGCUGGACGACGAUGAGUCGGACAAGGAAGACGAGGACGUGCACCACGAGCAACUGGACGCGAGUGUGGCAGAGCGCCGAGCGGAUGACGCCGAGGCACACUAUCGAGAGGCGCCGACCGCAGAGCAACUCUGUGAAGAUGCCCAUGAGAGACAAGCGCCCCGCGAGAUAGGGCACACGCCCGAGGAUCGCGACAAUGUUGCGAUGGAGGAUGCAGACCAGCGCACCAAGGACCAGCAUCCGUCGUGA